GGAGAACAUGGAGAAUGGGAUGAAAUGGAUGAAAUGACCACAUCGUGUUUUUGCAAAACAGUGCUGUGUAUGGUGGGAAAUUCCCUCGCCGAGAUAGAUGGAUUCGGAUCUCGGAGAACGGGGGCUGGGUUCUGAGAUCGUGUCGGAGCUGUGCCGUGUGGUGUGGGCUGUAACUUGUGGGGAGAUGUCUAUACUGGGCUGGGUUUGCAGAUGUUGUGCUGGUUUUGGAGAGAUGGGUUUUGUCCGGAUAGAGAUGGGGAUUUGUAUAAAUUGAACAGUGUCGGUCGAUGUUUGUGAGUCUUUUAUUUAUUCGUUCGUUCGAAGUAUCUACAUCUUUUAUUUGUGUGUAAGACAUACGUAUAACAGAAAUCAUGAGAUUCUGGGGUCUUUUAACUACAGUCUUGCCAUUUGCAAUGGCAAGACCAGAAAGUCAUUCAAGAGAUUCCUCAUAUUUUUUCAAGGGACAUGAUUUAUCCUCUCUCCUCAUGCUCGAACAAGGCGGCUCCAUCUUCAAAGACACCCUCAAACACAACGCCACACGACCCGCCGAAGCCAUUCUCGGCGACGGCGGCAUGAACAGCGUGCGACUCCGUCAAUGGGUCGACCCCGUCGACGGCACCUACGGACUCGCAUACAAUCUCAACCUCGCCAAACGCAUGCAAAAACAAGGCUACAAAAUCUAUCUCGAUUUCCACUUUUCGGAUUCCUGGGCCGACCCAAAUAAACAGCCUCCUCCAGCCGCAUGGCCCACAGAAUUAAAAGCUCUCUCCAAAACCCUCAGAGCAUAUGUCAAAGACACAUUAAUAUCCUUCAAGAAAGCCGGCAUCAAACUCGAUAUCGUAGCGUUAGGAAACGAAAUCCGUCAUGGCAUGUUAUGGCCCGUCGGCUACGUAGACGUGGAUAUCCAACCCACCAAAUCGCUGCAUCAGAACUUCACAUCCUUUGCCACGCUCUGGAAAUCCGCACGCGCAGGCGUCGACGAUGCGCUCGCGGCCGGAGUGCAAAAACCGCAGAUUAUGAUCCACAUCGACGACGGCUGGAACGUGACGCUGCAACAACGCUGGUUCGACGCAUUGACCGCGAACGGGGUGCCGCUAUCCGCUUGGGACGUUUUUGGAUUUUCGUUCUACCCUUUCUAUGGUACCGCGGCGACGUUGGAGAAUCUUCGCACGACGUUGCAUUGGGUUGCUGAAACGUAUCGCAAGCCCGUUCAUGUGGCUGAGACGGAUUAUCCGGCGAUUUGCGACGGCCAAUAUAAUCCGAUUCCUGAGAGUAGCGAGCCGGAGAUUCCGUAUACGGUUGCCGGACAGUUGGAGUGGACGGAAGAUGUGAUUAGCGUGGUGAGAAAUGUACCUCAUGGAUUGGGAAGAGGAGUGCACUAUUGGGAACCGGCGUGGUUGAAUAAUACUAGUUUGGGAAGUGAUUGCAAUGAUGCGAUUUUAUUCGCGCCAGACUAUAGUGCGUGGCCUACUACCGUGGGUUAUAGUAGAAAGUCGGUUGCAUUGUUUAAAUAGAAGGGAUAGUUAUUCGGAAUGGACCUCGGGUUAAUGUAAUGGCUUUUCAUAAAUAAUGAUGAAACGUAUAAAAUCA